AGUCACCACUUCAAACGAUGGCAAAUGCAUCUGGGCUGUUUACACCUGUAGUGCCUAGUGGUAUAAGGAGUAGAUUUUCUGCAUCUAUAGGGAUACAUCGAUCUGGGUUUUGGUUUUCUGAGGGAGUCUCCACGAGAAGGGUCCUCUGUGCCAGCACCGUUGAAGGUGCAGAGAACAUUUCCCCGUCUCAAUCUCGAGUGCCCAGGCUUUCUAACAGAGGUUGCAAGCUAGUUGGAUGUGGGUCUGCAGUUCCAAGUCUUCAGAUUUCAAACGAUGACCUUGCAAAAAUUGUUGAUACUUCAGAUGAAUGGAUAUCUGUUCGGACUGGAAUUCGUAAUCGAAGAGUUCUUUCAGGGAAAGAUAGUUUGAAUGCUCUGGCUGUAGAUGCAGCAAGAAAAGCUCUUGAGAUGGCUGAGGUUGAUCCCAUUGAUGUAGACCUUGUGCUUCUUUGCACAUCAACUCCAGAGGAUCUCUUUGGCAGUGCUCCACAGAUCCAAAAAGCACUUGGCUGCAAAAAUAAUCCGUUGGCUUAUGAUAUCACGGCUGCAUGUAGUGGAUUUGUGCUGGGCCUUGUUUCAGCCGCUUGCUACAUUAGAGGUGGAGGCUUUAACAACGUUCUUGUCAUUGGAGCUGAUGCUCUUUCUCGGUAUGUUGACUGGACUGACAGAGGGACUUGUAUUCUCUUUGGUGAUGCUGCUGGUGCCGUGUUAGUACAGGCCUGUGAUGGUGAAGAAGAUGGUUUAUUUGCCUUCGACAUGCAUAGUGAUGGUGAUGGUCAAAGGCACUUAAAUGCUUCGAUCAAAGGAAAUGAAGUGGAUCAUGCAUUGGGUUCAAAUGGUUCAGUCCUAGGAUUUUCCCCCAAAAUUUCCUCAUAUUCCUGUAUCCAAAUGAAUGGCAAAGAAGUAUUCCGAUUUGCUUGUCGCGCUGUGCCACAGUCAAUUGAAUCCGCACUGGAGAAAGCAGGUCUCUCAGGAUCCAGCAUUGACUGGUUGUUGCUUCAUCAGGCAAACCAAAGGAUUAUUGACGCAGUUGCAUCACGUUUAGAGAUGCCAUCUGAACGUGUCAUAUCCAAUUUGUGCAACUAUGGCAACACAAGUGCUGCAUCCAUUCCAUUAGCAUUAGAUGAAGCCGUUCGAAGCGGCAAGGUGCAGGCUGGCCAUACAAUUGCAGCUGCUGGGUUUGGGGCUGGCCUUACCUGGGGUUCUGCUAUUGUGAGAUGGGGAUGAAAAGGCUACUAAUUAUACCGAGUAUAAGCAGGAGGAGAAGUAGUAGAGUUUGCUUGAUACUGUGAUACUAGAAUUGUUACUUCCAAAUUUUGUAAUGCGGUGCAGUUACUGGGAGAUGCAAAUAUGCAAUGGCAUAAUCUCCUUCAGCUCCCCCUUGUCCUCUUUUUGUUAGUAUUAAAUUUCAACACCAUCAAUAAAUUUUGACUUUUUUCCCCCUUUGA